GAGCGGGGCGUACGCAAAGAGCCGGUUGCUGUGGCAACCAGCGCACGCGGCGCGAAGGGCGGUGGCGUAGCGGGCGGGAGCUGCGGGCGGGAAGCGGGGACGGGCCGAGGCGGCGGCCCGUUCCUGAGGCAGGGCGCCUUUGAGGGCGCAGUCUGUUUCUUUUGUUUUGAAGAGAGAAGUGCGGUUGUUUAGAAGUUGUUUUAACUGCAGCCAUUUUUUGUCUUGAGCCGUUUUCAGUACUGGAGGUUGUAUGCUUCUGUCACCUGAGCCGCGUUCCUUACUGAGGAGAGGGGAAGUGUUCAGUAGAGAAUUAAACCAGAUAAGACAACUCAGCUGAUGAACAGACAUUGACGCUGAUUACCAUGAACCAUUCCAGCCUCUCCUUUCAUAGCUUCCUAACAAUGAAUGCGUGCUAAAAUAGCUCUUCUGGGACACAGAGCACUGCUUAAACUCAGUAUUUGUCUUUUUGGUACAUUAUCUGUCCAGUCACCAGAUACAGUCAUUUUAGGGAUAAGGGAGAAUCCUUCCCAGGAAAAUUUGGGAUGGCACAUGCUCGUAUCUCAGCCAACCUCCCCCCCAAUAUAGAUCCCACAAAAGCCUCUAUUGCAUUUGGAAAGAGAGCCCUUCCUAAACUGAGUGAGGAGUUACAGUCUCCUGAGCUGCUGACUCAGCAGCGGGCAUUGAUGGCACUCUGCGACCUGGUCCAUGACCCACAAAAUGUCUACCAGGCAACAGAAAUAGGGUUCUUGGAUAACCUGAAGACUUUGCUGCUACAUCCUGACAGUACUGUCCGACAAAAAACAACACAAAUCCUCUAUAUAAUGGCUAAGCAUAAUGUUGGCAGGCAAGGGUUGAUCCAAAAUGGAGUAAUUUCUGCCCUCACUGAGCUCUUGGAUGAUCCAGUAGAUAUCUGUCGGAAGAACACACAUCAGAUUUUUGAAAUGAUGGCAAAAUUACCUGAAGGGUCUGUUGGCAUCCUGCGUGCCGGUUUGAUUCCCUUACUUGUAUUCAAAUUGAAGACUGAGUCAGAAGGAAUCCAGGAGCUAAUCCUAGACACACUCUCCAACUGUCUGCGUGUGGAGGCUUCUGAAGCUCUAGCAUCUGGUGCCAUUACUAUCCUGAAGGAAAAGCUCACACAGUCCUCAGCAGCCAUCAGAAGCAAAGCAGCUUUGGUGCUGUUACAUAUUGGUACUCAUCCAGAGGGGAAAAGCGUGGUAUGUGAGGAAGUUAUUCCUGUGCUGGUGAGCCUGUUGGAAGAUACAGAUCCUGAAGUCCAAGCUAGUGCAACAGGAGCACUGAUGUUUGCUACUAUUGAACCUCAGGGGAGAUUCUCGGCCCUAGGUGCUGAAGCCAUUCCACCUUUACUGAAGCUGGUUGCUGAGGAAACGAGCAAAGCCCGUCUGAGUGCAAUCAAAACCCUCACCAUGCUGGCUGAGCUACCAGAGGGCCGCAAGACACUCCUGGAUCAUACAGAUAUAUUUCAGCAAUGUCUGAAUGAUCCCUGCGAGGCAGUGAAAAAAGCUGCCAAAAUUGCCAUCGGUGUCAUCAAAUGGAAACCUUUCUGAAGAUGUGACAUUUCAUAGAGAUCUAUUGCUCUCUGUUGCUGUCUGGCUGUAAAAGUUGCAUGAUUAUAUGAGACCUUCAAAAACAAAACUCUCUUCCUUGGUUACUCUGGAUCAGUUCCUCCUGAAAUGUCAUUUGCCAACAGUUUCACAUCUACAUUGUGGGCCAUUAGCAACAUAAUGGGGAAAAAGGAGAGUUAGGAAGUCUAGAAUUCUCCACUGGAGUUAUUUCCUGAGUUAUCAGCAUUUUCCUGUGAUACAAGAAACUGAUCCUUUUUUAUUCUUUGUAAUGAUUUCUCCUUUCUUUUUUUUUUCCCCUAAAUCUCAGCCUAUCAGACAUUAAUCAAUAUCUAAUUAUAUUAGAAAGAAAGGUUCAUAAUUAACCUCUUCAGCACUCCUGAUAUGCUGAGAAAUUGAGCUAACAACAGGAAUUUACAUGAAUUUUGCUGCAAAUGUUUGUUGAACAUGGGAUUAGAACCAUUUAGAGCAUCAUCACAGAAAAGCAAUGGCCAUGUCAUGGAAGGACUUCCCCUAGUGAAUUAUGAGACUUUCCCAGCCUAAAAUGUAAUCAAAUACUUAUCAGCAUGGUUCUAACAAAUGGAGUGGCUGACAAGACUUGCCAGCGGUGAAUCUGGUGGUGAUGGACCCUGCUGGCCUGGGCUAAGGGCACCUCAGCCUAACCCUGUCCCUGUGAUGAGAUUUGUCCAUGUGACCCUCCAAUACCCCCACUAAUGGGUUCUUGAGGAGAGUUUUAGCAGCAGCCCUUGCUUUACUUCAUAGCCCCUUCCGAGCCCCACGCUUCCUGUACGUGUCACACGCCUCCCCCUGAGCCUUAGCUGCAGCGAUUGCUCCCACGUUUUUAAACUGGUAAGGGUCUCAGCAGGCAGGUUUUCUCCUUCUCUGUGCUUGGAGCCAGGCUCAGGGCUGCCAUUUGCAGCUGUCUACACUCAGGGUAGAAGGAAAAUAAGUCAGGAAGACUUUACUAGGGUAGCCCUUGUUAAAGCUCUGUUGGGGGCAGACCCCACUGCCUGUAGCAGAAGAGAGGUCUGAUCCCUAUCUGAAAUUGGUUACAGCAUGAAACAAAAGUGCCUCUGUGUUUGUGCUAGUACUUGGUAUUUUGUACAGCUGUAAUCUAUCCUUUGAGUACAAAAAUUAACAAAUAUAAUGGAAAUGGAAGUGUGCCAGAACUGAAGAGUUUUGCCUUUGUGGCUCACUUUUGAGGGAGCAAAAGGAAAGCUGAUCCUAAUGUUACAGUCUAGUCCAAAAGGAGUUGGACAAGAUGAUCUCCAGAGGUCCCUUCCAACCUCAAGUAUUCUAUGAUUAACAGAUGCCUGAACAGAGAGAUGAGGAGAUUAACAGAACAGAGAACUGAAAAUGUUCCCUAUUUUGGAAAAAUAUGUUUCUUUUUUUCUUUUAAAAAAAAACCUCAACAGUUUAAAAAAAAAAAACCAACAUAGAAAAAACCAUUGAGAAUAACAUAGAACGUUCAAGCUGUUUGUAGAAGCGAGCCUAUUCAACAAGGCAUAAAUUCCCUGGAGGAAAUAGAGUAGUUGCUGUGUUUAGAGCUGAUGGGCAGUUGAAAGGGUUGGAAGUGUCAAGGCUGGGCACUACAGAUCCGUUGCAAAUUUCUCUGUCUGCAGUUGCAAGUCUGGAAUUUACGAGGCAUCAGCAGAAGGCCUGGGCAAAGCUAGCAGGACAAAUCCUGGCCAUUCUCAGUGGCCCAGAAAGGUGUGAUAGUGCAGCUGACUCAGCUUCACAGAAGUCCUAUUUGUUUUUACUCAGGUUUUGCUCUCACAUGGUAUUUUUAUACCUGGAAGUUACCAAGUUGUAGCUACAAAGAAGCUGCAAUCACCUGUAUAAAGGACUGAUUUGUCAGGGCUGCUUUUUCGUUGCAGAAACCCACUGUCACACCGCAAACUGCAUUACCCUUAUAUAAAAUGUAAACUUAAUCUGUAGGAGUGGUUAAAGUUAAAAUGUUUCUCUUCCAUAACCUAAUCAAAGAGUGAAUUUCCUCUCCUAUAAAGAUGUGAUUUAGAAGUGUUGAGUCAGUUGGAUUCAUUCCCUCUGGGCAGGAACUUGGAGGAACUCUGC